GAAAAUGUCUUCAGAAGAAACAGUAAAUGUGGGAGGGAAUGAGGUAAUGCCCUGGAUUAUGGGAGCAUGGACUCGAAGAGUAGUCCGUCUCUAUCUAGUUCGAAGAAAACGGUGGAGGGGGUGAGAGGGGAUGAGGUGGUGAAGGUUGGACGGAAUGAGGUGGUGGGGGUUGAGGGGGAUAGUGUGCCCAUCACUGUGGUAGAAGUAGAGGGUAAGAUAAAGAGAGGUUAUGACGUAGAUGCAGACAUAGUGGAAGAGGUGAAGCAGUACAAAUCUGAAAUCAAGACCAGGGAUAGCCUGGGUCAUUUAGUGGAGAAUUACAAGAUCUCUUCCCAAGUGUUAGUUAGGCCAGCUGGGGUAGAGGAGAGAGCGUGUUCUGCUCCUUGGGAUCAUUGGAUGCCCGUAUAUGCCCAUUAUUUGUUUGCUGGGCUUAGGUUUCCAAUUCCUGAGUUGCUAGUAGGUUUGCUAUUAGAUUAUGGUAUAGGGUUGACAAAGUUAGUCCCCAACGCUAUGAGGGGGAGUAGUAGGAAGGAUAAGGGGUGGUAUUAUUUCACGCCUAGGGUAGCUAAUAGGGAGAGCAGGGGUUUAUUUAUGGCGGGUCCUUCAUCCAUUAAAGGAUGGAAGGAAAAAUUCUUUUUUGUAGAUGACACGGAGUGGGAGAGGGGGGAUACCGAGGUGAGGGAGUUAGCAUCCUGGAAGGCUAAAAGAGCCAACCCGAAUAAAUUUAGCUUAAACGAGGAUAAGGAUGAAGAAGUGGGGAAGCUGCUGAAAUGGACAAAAUUUUGGGCGCAGCAAGAGGAACGGCCAUCCCCAAGAAGCCAAGGAAGAAGUCAAGGACUUCAACCAAACAAGUGGAUGAAGGAAGAGUUGGAGAAAGGAGGUAGUGCCCAGCAUUGUAGCCGGACUGGAGGAGGAGGAGCCAGAGCUGCAGUUGAAAAGGAAAACUUGACCCUGAGCUCAGGGAGCUUGAGGAGGGGGCCGAGGUAUGGGCUCUUGGCAAGGGAAAAGGGUCUUGUUCCCCUGUUUUCCUUUCAGAGUAGCCUGUUCGAGGCGAAGAACAUGAUGAGGGCAAGGAGGUUUAUCAACACCACCUUCCCUGAAAUGGACAAGCGCCAAGCACGGGAUGAGGCUCUAAGGUACUGUGAAGCUUCAGUAGUGAAGCACGUUUUAGAGAGCGCGAGCUGGGUGAAUGGUCUAGCCCAAGAGUUCAUGGAUAGCGAGAGGGCUUCCCUGAGCACCAAACUCGUCUUUGAGGAGAGCAAACGAAGGAUCUCAGAAAGCGAGCGUGAGGCUCAGGAGCACAUCAACAACUUCAUCAGCUCUAGCUCGUUUGACAACAUUGUCAACUUAUACUGGCUGCCAACUACCAUCAUUGCUUUCACGGAUUGCAGAAAGAAGGUGAAGGCUGAAUAUCCCGAAGUGGAUAUUACAAAGAUCACCUUCGGCGAGCAAGAAGAAGGAUUCGACUUCAAGUUCGUUGCAGUGGAGGAAAAAGGGGCAGAGGUAAAGGAAGACGAAGUGGAGGCAGGAGUGGAAGGAGUUGAAGUGGAUGAGAACCAACUAGUUCCAAAAGUGGAGAUUCAUCCAGUUCCUUCUGACGAUGAGCAGCCUCCUCUGUCAGACGAGUAGCAGCCAGCACAGCCACCUCUUCCAGCUGGGCCAGUUUAGCCAUCUCUUCCAGCGGAGGAAUAAUUUCUAUUUUUUAGUUUUGCUUUGAUAUUUUUAUUGUAGAAAUAGUAAAACAGCUUGUAAUACUAUUAUUACUUUGAAUGAAAAUUCAUUUUUGAA